GUUGAUGAAUCUGCAUAUUCUACUGUGUCUCGUGAAUGAGCGAACGGGGCCGGCGGCCCGGGUUUCCUUCCGACGAGUGCUAAAUGCCAACUGAUGAGAAUCGCUUAGCAGGCCAGCCAGUCAGUCAGCCAGUCAGUUAGUGCGGUGCGGGUGUAUGCCUAGUAGCUCGUGUAUUAGUUGAUUAGUUGGUUCAUUUCGGUCGCGCGCGCUGUCCGCUAAACGACAGAUUGGCGCGUGCUGCUGUGGCGGUCGAUCCUGGGAGCUCGAGACUCGCGAUGCGACAACGAUAUCUUCGGCUGGGCAAACAGUCAAACAAAGUGAGUGCGUUUGUUUGCAUGCAGAUUGCAAAGAUAUAGUGUUGUUGUGUUUGGGAUCGCUGCCCGGAGGAGAUAAUUGGAUUAACGGGCUGGCCUUCGUAUUUUUUGGAGAUCGGAGCCGUGGCUUGUGUGUGUUGUGAAGCUGAAAGCGAUUGGUGUUUUUUUGGUUGGAAGUGCAAAAAAUUAACAUCAAAGAAAAAUAUGUGUACUGCCACGAAGUAAUAAUAACCUACGGUGCUGCGUUUGAUGUUACAGCAGAGAAAUGCCGGAAAGCGUCGUUCGGGAAACAGCACCGUAAUUGAAAGGCAAAAGCAUUGAUAGCGCACCUUCGCCUGCGCCGGGAAAACUACGGUGUUCGAGUGACAAAUCAUUUAGUGUCGCACCGCGCCCCAAUCGACGGUGGGCCACAGCCGUGAUGCGUGGCAACGCGAACACCCAACAGCUCAACAGUCGAGAGGCGUCAGGUUGCUGUGAUCGUUUGAGUGUGUGAUUAACCGAAACAGUGGAGGCGCGUGGUUUUUCUGGUUGUGUAUGAUCCGUUCCAAGGCUAGCGUGGAUACUAGUCGAAUGGUGUAGCGGAGAAUGAAAACAAUAGAUGGCAGGAAGGAACGAAAUAAUCAUUAAACUUAUAUUACUUCGUAACGUGUAGCAAGUCGUGUGCCGAUGCAGCCGCGCUGUUAAAGGAAGAGUAAACAUUAAAGGAAGAAAGAAAAAAAAACAACGCGAAAAAGCAAAAGUUGCUGUGACGACGGCGGCAGUGGCUGCUGUAAACACGCGGACGUCGCGAGCGGUCUUUUCCGCACCUAAAUUGAAUCUUAUGGGACGCGUUUUUUUUCCUGUGCCCUCCUGCGCUAAAUGUGCUAGCUGGUUUUGCCUGAUGUUGGAUGCGGGGGCCUUCACCGGUCUGCAAACCUCGGGUCGAUUCAGUUUCAGUUGGAACGGAUAUGCGAUUAGUUCGUUUUUUUGCUGAUUUCGGGAAAGAGUGUGUUUUAAUGAAUGGCUAAUUAUGUGCUGUGAGUUUUCCACGAGAAGAAAGGCUAAUUCUGUGCAACAGGUUGGAGCGAGUUGUUGAGUCACCAUGUGUAAAAAUUUUCACCGGAAAAAUAUACUGAGCAAUUAUCCUGUGCAAUAGUUAAGGAAUUCGUAUCUACACUGAAAAGAAUUUAUGUGCCAAAACAGUUCGACCAAAGAAGAUUAGUGUUUUGAUUUUUUAAUACCUUAGUAAGUGAAGUAGGUAACAGGAUGAAGGAAUUUUUAACUUCAACGGCGACUGAAGCCGGCGGCUUCGAGUUCGAUGGCUGCGGUGACGUAUCGGAUCUGUCUUUCGAGCGAUUUGAGGCAGAGGCGAACGAAUCGGCCAGGGAACGUUGUUUUUUGCAGUGCCAAUCGGAGGCAUCGCUAACGGACUUGGCCUGUCCGACGUUCUUCGACAAGGUAUCCUGCUGGCCUCGGACCCCCGCGGAAACGUUGGCCAUUUUGCCUUGCUUUUCGGAGUUCCAGGGAGUGCAGUACGACAGUUCGCAAAACGCCACCCGCUACUGUAACAUCGAUGGUACGUGGGACAACACCAACUACGACGCCUGUCAUCAUCUGGUGGAAUCGUCUUCGGUUUCCGAGUUCGAACCGGUUAUCGAGCUACCGACGAUGAUCUACUUUGUCGGAUACACCAUUAGUCUAGGAGCGCUGGUACUGGCCGUUACGGUGCUUAUCUACUUUAAGGAUCUCCGAUGUCUUCGAAACACCAUCCACGUCAACUUGUUCCUGACCUACAUCAUGUCAUCCGGUCUCUGGAUUCUCAUACUCUCUCUACAGAUGACAACGAAACACGAAUUAGUGGGAUGCAUAUUUUUAGUCACCAUCUUCCAUUACUUCAGUACGACGAACUUCUUCUGGAUGCUGGUGGAAGGUCUUUAUCUGUAUAUGCUGGUGGUGCAGACAUUUUCCGGCGAUAAUUUUCGUUUUCGGAAGUACGCCUUCAUUGGAUGGGGAGGACCUGUAAUUUUCGUCGUAGCGUGGGCCAUCACCAAGUCACUGUAUUCAUCCGAUGCGCCCCCAGAGAUUCCGGUUAAACUUGAAAUCGAAUGCUCUUGGAUGCGAGAAUCUCACAUUGACUGGAUAAUCCAGGGGCCAACCUGUGCGGUGUUAAUCAUAAAUCUCAUAUUUCUGCUUCGAAUUAUGUGGGUUCUCAUCACAAAGCUCCGGUCGGCCAACACGGUGGAAACGAGGCAAUACCGAAAGGCAUCCAAGGCACUGCUGGUACUUAUCCCGCUGCUGGGCAUCACCUAUCUUAUCGUGAUUUACGGACCGAACGAGGGUGUCGGUAGCCACAUCUUUGCGGUAUCGAGAGCUGCCCUGCUAAGCACACAGGGCUUCGUCGUGUCACUGCUGUACUGUUUCCUAAACUCCGAAGUUCGACAAACUUUGCGGCAUCAUUUUUAUCGCUGGCGAGACGAACGGAAUAUUCUACGGCCCGGCAAGGGAUCGAAUCACCAUCGCAGCAAAGAUUAUUUGCAUCGGUCACGAACGGAAAGCAUACGUUUGACCACAACGACUGCUCCGUUGGUACUGGUGGAGUCCUAGUGAAAACAAACAUCGGCCAACAGCAGCUGUCCGCGAAUAUGAGCACCUGAUUGAAAAACACCGUGUAGCAUCAUUCUGUAGAACGCGGCUUCGUACAACUAAAAGACAGACAAGUGGAUACGAUCUCCAGGGGAUCGUUGGUAACACUACUGCCAAAAGGGCACCUCAAAGUUUAGCUUCGUUAUAUUUUAAGCAAUUGAAUAAGAAUUUUCGGUACAAAUGUAGUAAUGAAGUGGAAAACUGUUUACCAGCAACAACGAGCACCAAAAAUAGCCGUGAUUUGUAGUCACACACAAACAGGCAGCAGUAACGUGAAUCUUGACCCCGGCGUCCGACUUAUCCUAACGUUUCUACUACGGAGGGGGAACGAGUGUCACUCAAAUGAGUAAGGGGUAAACAAAUCAUCUCCUGCUCUGAACCGAACGCGUUUGAAUAGAACCACCUAGAUGAUAGUUGGAGUGUAAAUCUUUGCGUAAACGAAUAAAUUGAGCUGAAGUGUAAAUAUUUGCGGCUUUGUAGGUGGGUUGAUGUUCUGAAAUGGGGUAAAUAUCAAACAGUGCUAACAGUGUAUCGAAAUCGGUUCCACACGUCUCGCAAGCAUAAAGCCAUCAUUUGGUAUUCUGUACAGUGUACGGUCCAGUGUAGUUACAAGGUAUAUUCGACCAAAGUUUAGGAGAAUUUAUUAUAUUUUCUAGCGUAUUGAUUGAAUAAACAAAUGUCAGUCUUGUA